AUGAAAUCAAUAAUUUUUUUCCUUUUCUGCGUUCAUUUGAUCAACUGUGACAAUUACUAUAGAAGUCAGAGAGUGCAGACCUCCUACAAUCCUCAAACUGACUUGGAAUGGAGUGGAUAUAGUUACAAUAUUGACGAUGGAAAGUGUGCCGGACAAAAAUUGGUAGAUGAAGAUGUGAGGAAGGAAGCUGACCAAUAUGCAUACAAAAAAACAUCAUUCACUUGGACAGGUCGUGGCAUGUUCCACAUAACGUGUGUCCGUGUCCUGAACCAUAUGACCAGGGACAGUAACGCAGCUGAAACUAGAAUAAGCGACGGAGGUGUUGGACAAGGACAAGUCCGCGUCGAAAUGCGUUCCAAGCUGUCCCAGCCCACAGAUUUCCACAUUGAAAUUUGGGGCGAGGAAACUAGACCGCAAGCCUCGAAUAUGGCUGUUAUGACUAGUUUACCUAAUAGCGUUAUGUAUAUAAACGGAAAGAUGUAUUGUGCAGGAUCUGGCAUUGGUAGAGCCACUUGCCAGUUGCUAGCCAAAGAAGGUGCCACCGUUUUAGCAGCAGAUAAAAUAUUAUCAAGCGCAGAAGAAACUGUAAAAUUAUUACCUCAAGAUCAGAAGCAUUUAUCAGUGCAACUAUCGGUCGAGAAUAAGGAAAAUGUCAAAGAAGCAUUGGAAAAUGCUAUCAAAAUCUACUCCAAACCGCCCAGUAUAAUUGUUAAUGCUGCCGGAAUCACACGGGAUAAUUUUUUGGGGAAAUUGUCAGAAGAGGAUUUUAUGGAAGUAAUUGAUGUAAAUUUGAAGGGUACAUUUCUAAUAGUGCAACAUUUUGCCAAUGCGCUAGUCAAACAUCAAGUUGGCAAAGCUUCGAUAAUCAACAUUGGCAGCAUCGUAGCUAAAUAUGGUAACAUGGGCCAAGCAAACUAUUGUGCCAGCAAAGCAGGCGUCGAUUUAUUAACUAAAGUAGCUUCUAAAGAGUACGCUAAAAUGGGUAUAAGAGUUAACACAGUUUUGCCCGGCAUGAUUUCAACUCCUAUGACUUUAGCUGUACCUGAAAAGGUUAAAGACAAAUUUUUGGCGAUGAUACCUUUGGGGAGAUUUGGACAACCAGAAGAGGUGGCUGAAGUUAUUCUGUUUCUUGCUUCGGAUAAAAGUUCUUACAUAAAUGGUGCUUCUAUUGAAGUUACUGGAGGAUUUUGA